UGGGCUUUGCGAUAACUGUUUCUUCGAAAUUAAGAACAGAAUGGAAUUGGGAUGACAGCAGAGAGUAGAAGGAAAGUACUUACUAAAGUCAUUGAAUUUAUUAAUAGACAAUUGUGAAGAAAAUAUAGAAAGUGAAAUAAAAGAGUUUGUAUCAUUAAAAAGAGGAGUAGCUGUAUGUCUUCUUACUAUCAUCCACAGAAAUGACAUUACGCAUACAAAUUAUCUAUAACUGAACGCCUCUGAUGCAUUAGAACUAUUUCCUUGAUAACUAUCACACAAAACUAUAUAGCAAACAGGGCCUGAAGAGUAAAACGAUGCCGAAGAAAAAAGGGGGCUUAUUUAGUUGCUUUGGAGGUGGUACUGAUGAGCAGCCAGAAAUUAGAUAUGAACCAGAAGGAGUCAAUCUACAAGCCAGGGAGCAUGAUGUUCCCAUGCCUGAUAUUUCAGAAUUAGAUGAGAAAUUUACAGAACUUGUUGACGAUCUAGAUCUGACUGCAGUUCACCGAAAAGCUAUGUUUGAUUUAUCACCAGAAAAAAAAUGGCAGAUAUAUUGCUCAAGAAAUAAGGGUCAAAAUGUCAGCGCUGGUGCUUCUCCUGAAUAUUACAUACAAAGACUCAAUGCACUCAACUCGAUGUACUACCAAAAAACGGAAGAAGAAAUUUUGGAAAGAACAAGAUUUCUUGAGGAAUUAAAAACAGCUUUAAGAACUCAGCCAAUGAGUUUUGUGCAAAGUUUCCUCAACAAUGACGGCUUGCAAUGUCUGAUAGAUGUCCUUGCAAAUAUGGAUUGGGAGACUUGCGAGAGCACUAUACAUACAGCGUGUAUUGGGUGUUUAAAAGCCUUAAUGAACAAUUCAAAUGGCAGAUCCGAAGUUUUAGCACAUCCCAACUGUAUUAAUAUCAUUACACAAAGUUUAAUAACAGAAAAUUUAAAAACCAAAACAGCAGUUCUGGAAAUACUUGGUGCUUGCUGUCUUGUACCAGGUGGUCACAAGAAAGUUUUAGAUGCAAUGUGUCACUUUCAACAAUAUGCAGAAGAGAGGACUCGAUUUCAAACAAUCAUUAAUGACCUUGACAGAAGCACAGGUUUCUAUAGAGAUGAGUUUGGUUCGAAGAUUGCUAUAAUGUCUUUUAUUAAUGCUGCUUUAAGAUAUGGUGCUGGUGCUGAUCAUUUAGAGUUUCGCAUUCACCUUCGUUACGAGUUCCUAAUGCUUGGUUUACACCCUAUUAUGGAGAAACUAAAGAAACUAGAUAACCUCACCUUAGACAGACACAUUGAUUUUUUUGAUAUGGUGCGCAAUGAAGAUGAAAAGGAACUUGCAAAAAGAUACGGCAUACCUCAGAUUGACGCUAAAAGUGCGAGUAGCAUGCUGGACGUGUUGAAACAAAAGAUUGGUCACACGACUUGUUAUGUGCAUCUGUUAUCUAUCCUUCAACAUCUCCUGUUGUUACCUGUUGACCAUAAAAAAGGAGCGAUUGAUUACUGGAGAAUUGUGGAUAGGAUUAUUCAGGAAGUAGCUAUCCAACAAGAGGAUGGUACUGAUCCGGAUGCUGCACCAGUUGAUAUUCAUGUCAAAUACAUCAUUGAUAAAAUGACAACGGACGACUUUAAAGAUGAUACCGUCUCCAAACUUGCCAAACGUGAAUCUGAAAUGGCCGAGAUGAGAAACACAAUCGAUAAAAUGGCGGACAAACUCGACAAAGAAACCAAGGCGCAAGAAGAACUAAAAACGAAGUACGAGGACCUACUGGCUAAAGCUCAAAAACUCGAGCAGUCAUUGAAUUUAGAAACAGUGUCACGUAUGAAGUUGGAAGAAGUUGUAAAAGAAGUGGGUGCGUCCAUACCUGAUGACGCCAAGAUAGCUAACCUCGCAAGCAUGGGUGCAUUACCGCCGUCUAUGUUAUUGGCUGCUUCUGAGUCUGUUCUUUCGCCGGCUGCCGCUCCACCACCACCUCCACCAGCAGGAUUCGCACCUCCUCCCCCACCACCCAUGUUUGGGGCGCCAGGAGCUCCACCACCACCUCCUAUGAUGGGGGGAAUGGGUAACAAUAAGAAGAAAUCGAAGUUACCCAAACCAUCACAGCCGUUGAAAUCUUUUAACUGGGCCAAACUUCCUGAUGUGAAAUUGAAAGGUACCAUAUGGUCUGACCUUGAUGAAUCAACUGUUAUUCCAUACUUGGAAUUUCAUGACAUUGAUGAAAAGUUUUCAGCCUAUCAAAAGAAAGAGGAUGAAAAUUUGUUGGUUUCUAGUCCAAAGAGUUUAGUAGAUCAGAAAGCUGAAGAUGACGAAGAUGGGAUAAGUGUGCUCAACUUUAAACCGAAAGAAUUAUCUUUCAUUGAUAACAGGAGAGCACAAAAUUGUCAGAUUUUGUUGAGAAAGAUCAACCUUGGUAAUGAUGAAAUUGCUUCCUGUUUACUUUCGAUGGAUACUGAUGACAAACUAAGCAGAGACAUGGUUGAACAGAUGCUUAAGUUCGUCCCAACAGCUGACGAAGCGAACCUUUUUAAAUCUCAUGAAAACGACGCACAUCAGUUCGCACGUGCAGAUCGCUAUUUGUAUGAAAUGAGCAAAAUCCCCCACUUCGAGCAACGAUUAAAGGCGCUUUUUUAUAAGAAAGGUUUUAGCGAAAGAGUGGCUGAAGUCAAACCGAAAAUCGAAGGUGUAAUUCGUUCCUGCAAACAAGUUUCGCGAAGCAAGCGUUUACGAACGUUGUUGGAACUCGUGCUGUGUCUUGGUAACUAUAUGAAUAAGGGAAGUCGCGGAAAUGCAUCAGGUUUCCGAGUUUCCAGUUUGAACAAAAUUAUCGACACAAAAUCAAGUACUGAUAGAAGAAUAACGCUAUUACAUUACAUAUUAGAACUUCUGCAGCAAAAAAUCCCACAUGUUUUUAAUCUAGAAGAAGAAUUGCCUGAUGUUAGAAACGCAUCAAAAGUAAACCCUGCAGAUGUUUCGAAAGAAAUUGGCCUACUGCAAGUUGGUAUUGCAGAUCUUGAGAAAGAGCUGACGUAUCAAAGCAACAUAAAGAAGAAAGAUCGUCAUCCUGAGGACAAGUUUGUUGAAACAAUCGCUAGUUUUACAAAGGUGUCAAACUUUUCCAUACAAGAAUUGGUCGAACUUCACAAGGACAUGACAGAAAGACUAAACAAAGCCAUUAUCUUAUUUGGUGACGAUCCAAAAACACUUUCCGGAGACGAAUUCUUUGGAACAUUUAGUAGCUUUUUGGUUUCAUUUGCAGAAGCCAAAGGCGACAACUAUGCUAUUAAAAAACAGAAAGAAGAGGAGGCGAAAAAGGCGCGAAAUUUAGCAGAGCAACGAGAAAAAGAGCGACAGCGAUCGGCAGCGAAGAAACUCAUGACCGCGGAUUUGUCGUCGGAAGAUAAACGAAAGUCUAUUUCGGAACGAAGUCCGGGUGAAUUUGACGAUUUAAUCUCCGCAUUACGAACAGGUGAUGUGUUCGGUGACGAGAUGAGUAUUUUAAAUAAAAAUAGAAAGAGGACUGGGAAGCAGCGAAAUGUACCGAAUGUUGCUGCACCGAAAAAAAUGUCGGUGAUCGAACGAGAUCGUCGUGUAGAUCAACACGCUAUCGCCGAAAUGUUGUAACUUUGUAAAAUGACAAAGAAGACACAAAACGCGGAUCCCUUUGGCGAAGUGUGGGCCGUUCGGUAAAAUACACGUCAAAAAUUGUAAAUUCAAUGUGAUUAAAAAAGAAAAGGAACUGGCGAAUUCUGUGACUCGAAUAAACAGAGCUCGGUGUUUAAAGUGUAAUGAAUGAAUUAUACUGAACGAAUGAAUGAAAAGAGUUUUAGGAGGUGGAGAAUUCUUCAAAUACUGCAAAAGACCAAAACAUUGAUUUCAAAAAAUGCUAACCCGAAAAAUUGGGAGGCAAAUUUUAAAUGAGAACGUCCUCUUAUAUUCAAUGGCGUUGGUCAUGUUCAACGCUGACCAAAAUGUUCUAGCUAUUUAUAUAUUGUUAGCUCAAUAGAUUUAUAAAUAGUAUAUAUUAUAUUAUAUAUGAAAAUCAUGUAAAUUCGGUUUUUUUCCCAAAACUUUUUUUAUUAAGCCUUCAUGUUUUCAAGAAAAUUUAUUUUUGUGUCAAUAUGUAUUAUAUAUACAAUGUUGAAUCUCUUCCUGUUUUGUUAGUUAUGUCCUAUUUGAUGUGUAUUAACGGUUGGUUUACACUGCAUUCGAAUGCUAAUGUGUACCGGCCAUAGCGAUGAGAAAAUCAUGGCUUUACCAGUUCCUUUUUAAAGCCCACGGUAGUGUAAAACUCCCUGGAAGUGAGGUUGAUCUUUCUUGAUCGUACAAAUUUCUUUGACUGUUAUUUUUUUUUUUGGUUUUAUACAAUAACCAAAGGUUAAUAAAUUCAUAUACAAUGACCGCUACUUUUAGUGCCACCGCCCCUUGACCGAGGGCGCAAAUUUAUUCCCCCAAGGUAAGGGGUGUUAAUUAAACUCUUGUAUUUUUGUGACAAUUUUUCAAAAUAUGUUUGUAUA